GAUAUUGUCUUUCAACGGUCAGAUACUUACUUUGAUCAAGAGAAACUUUUUUUAAUUUUAUUAAAAUAUACAUAGUUUUGUUUGUUUUACGAAGUCGAAGUAAAAAACAAUUAGACUUAAAAUAUAACUCAAAAAUGCACUAACAUCUUAUUUGUGUGUUUAUUAGUCAUCCUCAUCAUUCAUCAUAAAAACAAAAAUCGAACUUUUAAAAUCAUGAAGCGUUCCGUAGCUGUGAUUAUUUUCAACGAAGAAUCUGAAAGAAGAGAUGAACUGAAAAUAAUCACCAAUACAUUUUAUCGAAUGAAUAUGUUAGUGGAAGUUCUUGUUAAUAAACCGGCCGAAGAAAUUCAGAAAGCAAUUGUAGAAUUAACAGAAAUGGACGGAGAUGAAAUAAUAGAUAUAAUAUUUGUGAUUCAUGCCAAGCAAGUAAAUGACUAUGAAAGAAAAUUCUCAACAAUUGAUGGUAAAAUCUUCGAUCUUUAUAAAAACAUAAUAAAUUAUCUUCUUGAAGUGAGAGACUUUAAAGAGAAGCAAAAAUAUAUUAUUUUCAAAGUAAAUGGACGUGAUGAUAAUUCCGACAAUUUAGUUCCAUUUGAAAGUGAUAGAGAAUUUAGAUGUAUAAGUUAUGGAUUGAGAACUAGUAUUGUAUGGUCGGAAGAAGAAGAAUUUAUUAAGAAGUUUUUUAAAGAUUUGGGUGAUCAUAGAAAUGUAUCGACAGCUUUGCAAAAUAAUAGUAAAUUGAUUACACAAGAAGAAUUAGCAUUAGUUACUGGAGACUUGAUAUUGGAGGUGCCUAUAUCUAAUCCUGAACUAACAUCGGAAUUUCACGAGUUCGUUAUUGGUUAAUUAAAUUAUUAAAUUAAUUAAAUAACUUGUUAAAAAAAUUGUAUGGAAAAGAACAUUUUAAAAAGGACAUUAAAUUGAAUUUGUGAUAUUUUUAAAUAAACUUUUUUAUGCACAUAAAUAUUUCAUAAUGUGUAACGUAAUAUUUAGCUGUUAAAAUUUGAAAAACGCAAUAUUACUGUGUUUAGCCAAAAAUAAUUUAAAAACUAACAAAUCAAUUAAAGUUAGUAAAAAAUAAUAAUAUUAACUCUAAUAUUUAAAAUUAUUUUAUUCCUGAAAUGUUUAAAGCUUUAAUUUUAACGAAUGUAUAAAAUUUGUACUCGUAACUUUAUGAAUUAUUCAGCCCUUAAUCAUUAGAAUUUAAUUUUUUGUAAUUUACUUGAAAUGUAUUAAAGUGUAAUGUAGAGUCGCUAGUAGCCGGCCACUUUAGGAGUCUUUCUCUUAAAAUAAAGCACAGAAACGUCAAAAAUAUUAAAAUUUUUGAAUAAUUUUUCUGUGAGAUAAAAAAAGUUAA